CAUUUAAAAAAAUUAAGGAAGAUGUCAUAGAGUUAGGGAGUGAUCACUGAUCCUCACCUUUUACCACACCUACUUCCAAACCCACAUGAGGGAUAUGACCAUGGCUGCCAUUACUGAUCAAUGGAUGCAGUUCUAUCAACAACCUCUAAUGGAUAGCCAUGGCCAUGAUCAUCAUGCUUUGGCACCAAUUUCCACAGAAUUAGGCUUCUCUGAUGCAACCGUGACUACGACAACUAGUUCUCCCACCCCCACCAUGCCAUCAUCAGAGAGCAAUAGCAUCUUGAGCCAAUUGAGUCCAAAGGGUAAUGUGUCCAAACCAAUAAGAAGAAGGUCUAGAGCCUCUAAGAAAACCCCAACCACACUCCUCAAUGCCAACACCACCAAUUUUAGAGCAUUAGUACAACAAUUCACAGGGUGUCAUAGCACAACCAUGCCAACACUAGGGGUCCAAAAGGGCCCUAUUACCUUGAAUUUCCAACAAGGAAAUAGUAGUGGACAAAAGGUUCACCACAACACAAGUAGUAGGGUAGUGCUACCAUUUAGUGGCAGAAGCCACAACAACAGCAACAGCAACAACAACCAGGUUCAUCAAGUGCCUUCACCGUUUCCUAAUGGGCAGAAGCAAGAAGAUGAAGAACAACGACAACUGCCUCAGCAGAGUGGUUACUCUUUUGAUUAUGUGAAGAACAGUGGUUUUCUUCCAAGUUCGGGUAACUCAAUAAGGCCUACCACUACUAGCAUGGAUCAUGUCUCUGAUGGUUUGCUCUUGGAUAAUGAUUUUAACUUGGCUGAUCUAACUGUUAAUUGCUUCCCCAAUGAUACCUUUUAUAAGAGUGAAUUAUAGGUAUAUUUUUAUGUGAUGAAAAUAUUUAGUUAUAAAAGGGUUCAAUUAUAUUGAAUCCUGUUCAUAUCAGAAAACAGUUAAAGUGAACUUUUGUUAUAUAUUCAGUUCAUAUGUAUGCAUGCUUUUAUAAAAACAAUAAUUCAUAUAUAAAGCCUUUAUGCAUUAGUUUCCAAAUAGUCCUAGUUCAGUUUAGUUUAUUCUCUCUCUCUCUCUCUCUAUUCUUUUUUAAAGGAGAGUUCCCUUGAUUAAACUAUUGUCUUGUAGAAAAACCUCUUGGUUGUUGUUCUUGUUUAUAUAUUCUUUUUUGUUUUAA